ACAGGAGACCCUCAGACCCUCCAGGAAGCUUUUUUCCUCUACAAGAAGAAGAGAAGGAUUCCUCCUGUUUGUCAUUUCAGCACCAUGGUCAGCGCACGGACUCUCCUAGCGGUCACCUGCUGCUGCGCGUACCUGUGGCUCGUUCGUGCGGAGGACUCCUCACUGGAGACGCGCUCGUUGGAUUUCCCACUGAAAAACCAGCAAGAGAAAGACCUGAUUGAUGCUUUGCAAGAGGUUUUGGAGAAGCUGAGGAGCAAAGAGAUGCCCUUAGAGAAAAAGCUCGGCUGGUUGCCAUCGUGUGACGCAGGAGAGCCGUGCGCCGUGCGCAAAGGUGCGCGUAUCGGCACACUGUGCAGCUGCCCUCGAGGGACUUCCUGUAACUUCUAUGUCCUCAAAUGUUUGUAAAAAAAAUAAAUAAAUAAAUAAAUAAAAAAAGGAACAGGAGUGCAAGAAGUGACAGAAGAGUGAAAGGGUUUAAAGUUGUAAAAACUUAAGAAUGUGAAAUAUGCCAGGGAGGACUGCUACUGUUGUUAUUCUCUGUAGAAAAAAUACGAUGUAAAAUGUGACAUUUUACUUUUAGUCUAAAAAUCGACUGUUCUGAAUGUUCUCUGAUCGUGCAGGAGGAGUAAUACCGUGUGGCAUCUUGUAGUUUCUGAAUGUAGUUUUUGUCAUAAAUGCAUUUUGUUCCUGUUUGUUGUUUCUGUUUCUGGAAAAACGAUCUAUUUGUAAGAUGAAAAGGUUAAUAAAUCAGACUAACUUGUAAA